UGGUUAGAAAAAUCGAUACACUUAAGCGGGUGUAGUGUCUGGUAAAUAGUUUACUUAACUUUCUUUCAUAAAACACUUCAACGUGUGACAAGUAUAGGAAAAAGCUGUUUAAUGUGAAACAGUUUUAAAAGGUAAGCAUGCAGAAAGCUAGUGGGAAGACUGAUGAGAAGAGUUUAGGAGAAGAUGCCUCUGCUUGUCCUGGCAAAAGAAAGAGAAAACUGGGUGCAUCUGAUCUUGGAAAACUUUGUCGUGGCACCGGCCCAACUCAGUCGUCGUCAAAGACAGGUGGUAACAUUGGUCCGAAAUUCGGCAUCGACAAAACUGGAGGUCAAGUUAUAAUAGGGAAUUGCAUUAGUCCAAAUAAAAGACCUUCUAAAGGCACAGUCGGUCCUUUCGUUCGCAUCAAAGAAUCGGGGACACUCUGUUUCCUGACAACAAGACAUAUUUUUGGUCCUUUGACCAAAUACGACGAUGAGGUAAUUGGAACGGAGAUUGCUUUUAAUUCGGAUACAUCAGGGCUGAUGGGUAAUGUUUGUGGGAAGGUGAUCGCCUCCGAAUAUAGCGAUACCCUCGAUGCUGCUCUUAUAAAAAUAGACAGAAAUUAGUUACCAGAUCGCUGUCGAUUCAUAGAUGUAACAGAAGAUCAACUAGUGGCUGCAGGUUUCAAUAAGUUCAACAAGCCAAAAUAUGACGGUGUACACAAAUUGCUAGAUGUUAGAGAUUUGAAUCCCGAAGAUGUUCAAAUAAAACGGGUAAUAAAAUUUGGAUGUGCAUCUGGACUGACUGUCGGGACUUUAAGUAUGAAAGACAAAGAAGGUGUUAAACCCGACAACUACGUAAUAACUUGCAAUUAUCCUAAACUACGUAAGACUGAGGUAGUCAGUUACAAUAAUCAUAUUCUUGUAAAAUCAUUGGAACAAGGCAGUUUUGCAAAAGCUGAGGAUGCCGGCGCCUCUAUAUUUUAAGUGGACGAACACAAUCAGCUACAUUGCAUUGGUGUGUUAUGUCGGUUACUGGAUAACGACACGGAUGUGGUUGUAGCUCCUAUAAAGUUAAUACUCGAAAAGCUGGGGAAACAACUGGGACAGACACUUGAGAUUGCAACAUUUGACGAUGGCUUAUAUUCGGAGUCAUCUGAUCCUUGCUUCAGACAGGCGUUUGAAAAUGCAUUACUUAAAGGGCAGGAAAAAGAUAGGCAUCUAAGGAUCAACGUAGUAGGGUUCUAUGCAGAAGGAAAAACAACGCUGACAAAAAGACUCUUAAAUGAACCGUUAGACGACAUCAGUUGUACUGAUGGCAUAGACGUACGCGUCAGAACAUGCAAAAUGAAAGGAAGGCAUUGGGAAACAUAUGCAUCUGAACAUAUAGAGGAAGAAUUCCCCCGUCGUUUAGCAGACGUUAUAAGAACUGAAGAGACUGAAGAGGCCAUUAUCUACAACAGAACACCUGUAAAUAUUUCUCAAAAAAAUACUGAAAGUUUACGUAUGGGCGCUGUUCACAAGAAAACACUAGCACCACCAAACCGAAAAACCGCACAAAAGAGCUCUGAUGUAACAAGGAGUAGAUAUAUACCUCAAAUUCCUUCUAAAACGCAACACCUCAUGCGCAAAACAUUAAAGCAUCUACGCAAAGACGACAGCGUUCUCAGGGAGGAUGAGCUAUUAGCAACUUUUUGGGACUUUGGUGGGCAGUUCAUUUAUUAUGCAACACAUCAAAUAUUCCAUUCGAGGGAUGCCAUCUACUUGCUUGUUUUUGACUUGACAAAGAAUCUGGAAGAUGUAAUCAUUGAUUACGAUUUUCCCGACAGAAAGGAGAAAAUGAAAAACAGCUUGUUGUUUUGGGCAAAUUCCAUCGAAGCAUUCGCUGGAAAUAAUGAGGAUCACAAACCAACUAUUAUAUUAGUUGGAACACAUAGGGAUGAAUUUACGGGAGAUCUCGACCAAAAAUUUGAAGAGGUGAUAUGUCUUUUCUCUGAUACAACUGUUAAGAACCAUAUUUAUGAAAAAUGGUUUGCGAUUGCUGCAAUGGAUAUGGACGACAUUCAAAUUGAUGCAUUGAGAGAAACAAUAUUCAAAAUUGGAAAAGAAAGUGCCGGAAAGAGGAAAUUGCCGGCAAAAUGGAUUCCAUUAGAGAAUGCCAUUCUUGAAGUUAGUCAUAAGGACAUCCUUAAGUUUCAAAACAUUAUAGAAUUAGACGAAACAAAUGACUUUCCAAUUCGAGAUGAAAAUGAAAUAAAGGACUUUCUGAAAUACCACCAUGGUAAAGGCACUCUUGUGUAUUUUGAUGAAGUUGGUUUGAAAGACUUUGUUGUCAUCAACCCUCAGUUUUUGAUUAAUGCGUUUCGAUGUAUUUCCACCCCAAAACUUUUCUGUAGAUGGAAUUUUACUCUAGAACCAGAAUUAAAAAAAGUUACUAAAAGUGCUAUUUUAGGAAAGGAGCUCCUCACGUCAAUAUGGUCAAAUGCGAAAAUUAGAAACUGCAAACAUCACAAAGACACACUGUUGUUAUUUUUGGAAAGACAUAGAAUAUUGGCUGAAAUGCUUAAAAUGGACGAAGCAACCGGCAAGGUGUUUCCUCUGGGUAAAUAUUUGAUACCAAUAAUGUUAAAAACACCAUCUGUCUACUCUAAGAAAGUGAUCAACCUUUUUCUAGAUGGGAAACAGUGUUCGAAGAUAAUCCUUGGACUAGAGUUUAAAAGCGAUGUCAUUUUGUCUACCGUAUAUGAAAAAGUGACUGCGGCAUGUCUAGGCAAAUGGCCUCCGAUUGAAUAUAAAGGCGAACGUCUAGUCUUCAAAAACAUUUGCUUUUAUGAAAUUGAUCCAAGUCAUGCUGGAAUGGUGGUUGUGAAGGACAAAGCUAUUGAAUUGACGGGGAUAUACUUGUGCAGUAAAACAGAGGAUGAUGGCACUGCAUGUGACUACUUCCGAAGAUAUAUAGAAAUGGUAAUAUCAGAGGAAUUUCAAAAAUUUUAUGAAAGUAAAUCUGAUGAUCAGUAUAACAAAUACCUCAGAUGCAAUCAUUCAGAACAUAACGGUAUAGGAAGCAGAGGUGUUCGUUACAUUGAACCAUUAAAGAAUUGCGGUACCGUAAGUUGUCCUGACUUUAGCAAUCAUUCCUUCGAAUUUAGAACUGCAAUGAAAGAGUGGUUUCUAGAGCAAAAUCUCUCAAAAAUGCAUGUGAGUUUAAUGCGUCGUUUAACAGAGCAAGACUUGAAUAAAAUAGCUCAGGCAAUAGGAGACAACUGGCAGUUACUUGGGAUAUCCCUUGGAUUAACGUCAAAUGAAUUGCAACACGUGAAAUAUGACACACAAAAUGAAGGGUUGGCUACAUCUAUAUUCUAUAUGCUAAAUAAGUGGAAACAAAAAUAUCCGGAAAAGGACAAUGUACAGAUUCUGAAAAACGUGAUGGAAGAAUCAUCCGAAGCUGUUUCUAUUAACUGGGACAAAAUUAGAAAUAUUUUAGAUUUUGAUAUACACAAAUAAAUGGUUCAUUAGCCCUUACCCUGCUAAAUUUCUAUAAUGAACUUGUCCAUCUUUCAAUUUGGACGGUGCCAUUAACUGUUAAAAGGGGUGCUUACCUAAAAUAUACUGACUGAAAAUCGACCAGUGCAGAUCAUGAUCAGACUACACGGAUGUGGAGGCUGAUCAUGAUCUACACUGGUCGCAAAGGCAGAAUCAAUUGUGUUCAGCAUGGUAAGGGUUAAAUAGAUUGUUUCGACGAAGUCGAAAUCCAGAAUGUUAUUGGCUGCCAAAAUGACAAUAUAUAAAAUCUGACACACAAAAGUUUUUCGUCCGGUUUUUAGAACUGGAUUUGUGUACAGUAUCUCCCACUGGUACCACAGUAUCUCCCACUGGUACCUGACAGGCUUUCCGAUUUCAAAAUUCUGCUAUUCUGCAUUGCAUAUUCUAUUAGAGGUAGACAUGAAGCUGGGACUUUGAAAAGCGGAAGAAUGGUUUUCAGAGAUAAAUACUUUUUAAAGAGAUUUUUAGUUCAAAUUUUUGUCGAAGACUGUUAUAAAAUCUAUUCUCAAGUGGAAGGCGGGAUAUUUCAUUAAACAAACAAUGAAAGUGAGUAAAAGCUUAUGAUUAUUUCAAUCGCCUACAUCAUACAUAGUGAAAUUGAUCAUGUUAUCUAAUCAAAAUUGUUCUCCACGAUAUUUUUGAUGUCUUCGUAAUAAAUGAAUAAGAUCGAUUUUACUGCGAAUUUACCAAAUAAAUGUAAUAUUUUGCCAAGAAAAGUUAAAGUGAUAAACGUACUUGAUAUUUUCCUAGACAAUUGUUAGACACUAAACAGAUAUGACAAUUGUAUCAAAAUUACACGUUGAUUGUUGAAAUGCUGUUUACUUUAUUAAUAGUUUGCCUUGAAAGUCUGUAUUCUCACUUUUUUUCCAGACACAACGUAGUAUCUAGAAUUAAUUCAAUGCUGAAUUUGACUAACUUACAGCUUCGCUUAAAGGUGUUCUGCAAAUUUAAAUGGAGAUAUUUUCAGAUCAUUAAAUUUAAAACAAGAUGUACUUUUGACACAUACACCGAUUCGUUUCACAUUUAAAUGUGUUUGCGCUUUAGUAUUUAUGAUCAUAGUACUGUUUGGUAUGAUAUUGAAAUGACAAUUUUACGCAACUUAGCUCAUAUUACAAGUAAAUAAAUGGCUUUCAUAGUAAAGUAUUAUAACACAAAUACAUAAACAUGUUUAUGAUGAUCUCAUUCAUGUCCAAUAAUAAACUUGUUCAUGUGGUUUUGCUUAGAAUAUCAUUCAUUCGUCCUUCGCCCCUUUUUUGCCGUUAAACGAUAAUGGAAAAGCAAGGCCAAGGACAUCUGGAUUGUUUAUCUGAUAGUAAUCUUUGGUAAAGCACAAAAACAAGUAGAUUGAAUGCACGUAUGAAUGUGCACCUAUCCUAUUUCUUUCCCAACGUACUUGUUUGCAGUUAUAUUUUAAUACACAUAAAGAAAUAAAGGUCACUUAUUGUCCUUAUGUUAAAACUAUUUUUGGCUUGUUCUGUUCAUUACGGAUAUAAUAAAAAGCAAACAGGAAUGAUAUGAAACAAAAAAUCUAUUUGAAACUUUCUGAACGGAACAAAAAGGUGAACCAUUCUUAAGCUAGUGGCCAUAAAUAAAAAAUGUAAGCGUUUGUUCAUGUAUUUGAAUAUCCCACCAAUAAACAGCUCUCAAAAAUACACUUUUGAAAUAUAUUACAUGUUGAACUUCAUUUGUAAAGAUUAAUAUGAUUUUGUUGAUUUCUUUUUAAACGCUAGAUGGUAAAUUCAACCUUAACACAUUACUCUAAAAUGCAUAGCGUGGUAAUAGGGAUUUUUAAACUUUGGUGAUAUCAUCAAGAUUCCGUAUUUAGGGGAUGUAAAAAGUUGUAAAGUUCUGCCGUAUUCUUAUUUUUUUUUGUUUUCUUUUUAUCUUUUUAAUAGGCGCACAUUCCUGUGUGGGACAUAUAGCGUUGCUGAUGUCCGUAUGUCCGUACGUCCGUCCGUCCGGCCCUACGUCCCGAAAUCUUUUGUGUCCAACUCCUCCCAGACUAUCAGCCUGAUUUGUUUAAACUUUCACAGAUGAACAAACUUGAUGUGUAGGGAAAGGAAAGGAUUUUUUUGGUGACUAUUUUUACCGCAGUUAUGGUCCUUUGGUAGUUUUGCUACUAAAAGUAUAUCGAAUAUAGAGAAAAAUCUUGUGUGUCCAACACCUCCCACACUGUUGACUUGAACUUUCACAGAUGAGCAAGCUUGAUGUUCAGAUUAUCAUACAGGCAAGAAUUUUUAGCUCAUCUGAUGUUUGGAUACCAGGUAUUAUCGUCACUUGAUCGUUGACGCCGGUGUCGGUGUCGGUGUUUGUUAAAUUUUUUGUUUAGUUCCACCUAUUUUAAAACCCAUGAGAGCUACAGCUUUGCACACUUGUUUGUCAUCAUUAAUUUAAUGUGCAUGCCAAGAACCAUAACUCUGAUAUGGAUUUUGUCAGAAUUAUGGCCCUUUUGUACUUAGAAAAUAAGACUUUCUUGUUGUCUUUUUUGUUUAGACCCAUCUUUUCUCAAAAACUAUAAAAGCUAUAUUGAAACUUUGCACACAUUUUUAUCAUCAUUAGGUGACUGUGUAGGCCAAGAACCGUAACUUUGUUUUUUGGCCUUUUUUGUACUGAAAAAAUUUGAGUGUUUCGGUAAUUUCAUUUUUGUUUAGGUCCGCCUUUUCUCAAAAGCUAUAAAAGCUACAGUUUUGAAACUUUGCAGACUUAUUUGUCAUUAUUAGUUGACUGUUUAGGCCAAAGACCAUAACUCUGGUAUGCAUUUUGUUAGAAGUAUGGCCAUUUUAUACUUAGAAAGGUUGAGUUUCUUGGUUAAAAACUUUGUUUAGGUCCACCUUUCCUAAAAAACUAUAAGACCUACAGAUUUGAUACCUUUCACACUUAUUGAUCAUCAUUAAUAGAUUAGGUAGGCCAAGAUUCAUAACCCUUACCUGCAUUUCGUCGAAAUUAUGACCCUUUUUGUACUUAGAAAUUCGGAACUAUAACUCUUUGCUUACAUACUGACUAGCACUCGCAGACGAGUAAUGGCACCCGCAGGCAGUGCUCUUGUUUCCUUGUCUACUUCACUGCAGUUAUGACCCUUUGAUAGUUUUAAUGAUAUGGAAUAUCGGGACAAAUCUCGUGUGUCCAACUCCUCCCACACUAUUAGCCUGAUAUGCUUCAAACUUUCACAGAUUAACAAGCUUGAUUUGCAGAUCACUAUAAAGGAAGGAAUAUUUUUUUUUAAUAUUUUUACCGCAGUUAUGGCCCUUUGGUAGUUUUUGCUAUAUAUAGUAAGGCACAGUAUAUGGGGGUGUCAUAGGACGCCAUUUUAACAGUACGCCCACUUAAUUGAUAUUUUGUUAUCAACUGCGUUCUAUAUCAACGUGUAAUCACCAGUGAUAAACCGAUAGUCUAAAAUCAUGAAUAACAGUUUAAAUCGUAUACUUGCCCUAUAUGUCGGUCCAUUAUUUUCUCAAAGCCUUGCUCUUUGGUCUCCUAUUCAUCAUUAACAAUUACUAACCUGUCACCCGUAACUAAAUCUCCAAUGCUCGGAUACUAUGUGUAACGCUUCAUUACACAUGAUACCUGAUCAUUGUAGUGAUUUAGUUACAUGUUACUGAGGUAACAUUAUAUACUUUGCACCUAUAAUAAAUACUUAGGAUAUUUACUCUUUUCAGGUUAGUACAUUUUUCCUAUUUGAUAAAGUAAAGUACAUCAAUUAUAAUAAUUCAUAGAAACGUAAUUUAGCUUUAUAUAAAGUAUACAGUUGCACUGAAAUCUCGAGUAACAGAUUUUUAGUCUGAAUAGAUACAUGUAUAUAUGAACUUUGACCUCGUUGGAUACAUAAUUUAUGUUUACAUUGUACUAUCAUUGUGUAUUUAUUAAGAUCAUAAUGCUUCAUUACACAUGAUACCUGGUCAUUGUAGUGAUUUAGUUACAUGUUACUGAGGUAACAUUAUACUUUAAAUCUAUAAUAAAUAUUUAGGAUAUU